GACGAAAGAGGCUUACAGUUGACAAUGGACAACAACGAAGCAGAUGGAAGCCCACCACUCCUCAAGUUCACAGCUCUUAAAGGAUCCACCGACUGUCUGGUUGUUCUCCUGAAACACGUGAAGGAACCAUCCACCGUCAUUGAGCUCAUAAAGUGGGUUUCUGCUGAAAAGAACUUCUCCAAAGUCCUUGAGGAGUUACUCAGCCGAUUUGACUACAUCUGCUCAGGGAAUUUCGAGGCGAUUGAUGUAGAGAAAAUCAUACUACUGUGUGCAGCUAGGGGACAUACAGAGAGUCUUCUGCAGUUCAUUGCCUGGCACAAACACUCCGUGGCACUGAAGGAUGACAACGAGAAUACUGUUCUGCACCUGAUCGCUGAGGGCGGGCACUUGGACACGGCUAAAGCCAUAAUCAAGAAGGACAAUGCCGUGUUGAACGAAAGGAAUAGUUUGGGCCAAACUGCGCUUCAUCUUGCAAUUAGAGAAGGUCACAAACAGAUGACCAAACUCUUCUUGAAAACCGAGAAGUCAAUGGCUGGUGUGCAAGAUGACAACGGAAUGACACCACUCAUGUACGCCUGUCAAAAAGGUAAUCCGGUCAUCGUGGACCUUCUUCUGGAACUGAAACCAGAAGAAAUCAUGUUCCGUGAGUGCGACAAAAAGGGACUGAAUUGUCUGGAUUACGCCAUCAACCACAGCCAUGAGAUGGUAGCUGUGCAGUUGUUAUCCCAGGAGAACUGGCGCACCCUCAUGACCCACUCCACCAAUGAGGGAGAUACAAAGACCACGCCCAUGAGAAAACUGAUCGAAUAUAUGCCAGGCGUUUGCAAAUUUGUACUUGACAAAUGCAUCACAAAACUACCAGCCAGCAGUAGCUCUGACAGGAACUGCACCAAGAUCAGAGUUUACUAUGAGCUCCUCGAGGACUGGUUCUCCGACUGGAUGGAGGAUACAUCGAUAUGGCGAAGAAGAAUGACGCUUGAUACGUUGGCCACACGUGGCUAUGACAUGAUGCUACAGACUAUCGGACAUGCUGCCACAGGCGACAGUACCAACGGCAACGCCAGAGACGAAGAAGUGCCUUCGAACUUUCUCCCUGAUGGGAAGCUGAGGGACGGCGCCAGGAUUUACGUCACCAACCCUGUAUACCGCUCACAUAACCAUCCAGUCCGGCUCAUGAUAAAAACGGAUGAGAGCAAGGAAUUGCUGAACCACCCUGUACUACGUUUGUUUUUUCUACAAAAGCACAAAGCCACACGUCUUACCUACUGGGUGAGUUUCUUCCUCCUCCUCGCUCUCUUGAUACUCGUCACCGGACAUAGCCUCGUCAUCCCUCCACCCUUCUACAUCCGGGUCAGCCCUGAAGGCAGCAACUACACUUGGUUGGCGGACGGUCAGACCAAAUGGCAGGAGAACCUGAAUCCCGUUGCUCUGGUGCUGUUUGGAAAAGUUGGGGCCUGGAUCAUCCUGGUGCUCACUGUCAUCUACUUCAUCGAAUUUCUAUAUCGCACAUGGAUGUACAGACACUCGAAGUACAACUCCAUCAAUGGAAUCAUGAGUAUAUUUCGAGAGAUUGGUAUCCAGAUCUUCACCGUCCUCUACGUAUUCCCAGGGUUUAAUGAUGUCAUCUACGGCUAUGGUGUACACUUCAAAGCCGAUUGGCAAUGGCAGCUCGGUGCAUUCGCAGUGUUCCUGGUAUGGUUUAACUUCAUCCUCUUCCUUCAGACGGUUCCAUUCUUCGGCAUUUACGUCCUCAUGUUUCUAGAGGUGUUGUCUACUCUUCUAAACUUCAUAUUUCUUGCCGGCAUCUUUCUUCUGGCCUUUGCAGUCGUUUUCUGCAUUCUUCUCUUGAACCAGGCACCUUUUCACACUUUGGGGGACUCCCUAUCCAAAGCUCUAGCAAUGAUGACAGGAGAGAUCGAGUUGAGUGCUGUUUUCCAUAUUCUUGACUACUCGUACAUGCCAGAUCCGUCGGUAGACUUCACGAGUUUAGUCUUCUACCCAGUCUCUACGCACAUCAUCUAUGUCAUCUUUAUCAUCUUCAUGCCCAUACUCAUCAUGAAUCUCCUGACUGGUUUGGCGGUGUACGACAUCGAAGUCAUUCAGACGAAAGCAAAGAUGCAUAAACAGACACUAGAGGCCAAGGGAACUCUCGACUUCCAGAACAACAUGUUCCUGUUCCUCUGGAAGGCCAGUGUAGUCAGGGACCAGGUCAUACCAGUCUGGACCAAGAUCUCGCCCAUAUACAAGCUGGUCUACAAAGUAACAGGAUAUAAGGAGACUUAUGAUCAGCUGGUCACGUUCCUAGAGGACCUCGACAAGACGGGUUGUGUCGAGUUCACCAAGACAACUGAAAUGAAACUAGAGGGUAUGGCAGAGAACAUUACUGAUAUAGCCAACAGGCUGACUGUGCUCUCGGAGAACGCCGUUGAUGAAAAGACUCGGCAUAUAGAAGCGAUGGGUGGUAUUCAGGCGCUGAAGCAGCAAGUGCAGGCUUUGCAUAAUAAGUUGUAGAUGGACGUCGAGAAAAUAAUCACAACCAAGAAAGAAUCGCCAUAACGACGCCACCAAGAGACUGGCUGUGCUCUAGGAGAAAGCCGUUGAUGAGAAGACUCGUCAUCUGAAAGCGAUGGGUGGUAUUCAGGUGCUGAGGCAACAACUGCAGACUUUGCACGUUGCACAUGGAUUUCGAGAUGAUAUCCCGAGCACAAAGAAUCAUCAAAGAUACACCAGGGGGGAGAUUCACAAAACUUGUGAUCAGUGACAAAUGACAGUUUUUGUUAUAAGCUACUGAAAUCCUUGCUUCUGAUUGGUUAUCAACAGAUUUGUUACUGAUUUUGGUCAUUUGUCAUUGAAACGGGUCCCAGCAAAAUACUAAGUGUUACUCUGGGAGAACGCCGUUGAUGUGGCAUCUGGAAGCUUUGCGUAGCUUUUGGGGUUGAUGCAUCACAUACAGGAUUUGCAGUUGUAGGUGAAUGUCGAUAUAAUGUCACAAGCACCAAAGAAUGUGCUCUAAUAUAGCUUAGUUACUACGACAUGGCAGAACAGUCAAAGCGUGUUUCUGAUAUCAAGAACAAACUGAAUAUACAAUCAAACCUGUCUACAACGACCGCCCAAGGGAAACACAAAAA